UGGCAGAAAGAAAGAUAAAACACGAUAGAGAGAGUAGUGGGUACUGGGAAAGUCUAUAAAAUAGACAGACAAUUAAUGAAGGUGGGAGAAUGAAAAUACAGUAGGGCCAAGCACACCAUUAUCAUUUUGAAAAGGAUUACCUUCAAAUUCUAGCGUUCGACAGAGAGUACAAUCGGUAACUAGAAGAAGAAUCAGAACAUUCUGGUCAACAUCAAAUCGAGCGUUUCCUGACCAACAACAGUUAGCAAGAUGCAUUUCGAUUAUUGACGAAGAUUCGAAUAGAGGGGAAAAAAAACCCUAAGAUCUGAACUUCUGAAGCAAAUUUCUACCGGUAUGAGAUUGAUGAAAGCAUACUUCAUAGUGAGGUUUUCCGGUUGUGAUUUUCUUUGAAGACAUUUCCAAAUGGAUAUAAACGGACUGCAAAAAGCUCAACAGGCCCUAGAUGCUGAAAUCAAAUCAUUUUUUGAUUCAGCUCCCCCUUUGAGGAAUAUUGAGGAUAUCAGCAAAGAUUUGAGAGAAUUUGUUGAAAUGAAUUCACCACAAGCUGGAAAUCAAAGUCCCAGGAAAGUUGUUUGUGUGACAUCUGGGGGCACCACAGUUCCUUUAGAGCAAAGAUGUGUUCGUUAUAUAGACAACUUCAGCUCAGGUCACAGAGGUGCAGCAUCCACAGAGUACUUUCUGAAGGCUGGAUAUUCGGUUAUUUUCUUAUAUCGAAAGGGAACCCGUCAACCAUAUUGCAGUUUGCUUCCUGAUGAUCCAUUUCUGGAGUGUUUUGAGUUCACCCAGGAGUUGGGCAUACAAGUGCGCCAGCCUUAUUCGGAAGAAGUUAAGAAGGCAAUCAGUGAGCAUCAUGCUGCAAUAGCAGAUGGCACACUUCUGAAACUUCCUUUUACAACGAUUUUUGAGUAUCUUCAGAUGUUGCACAUGGUUGCAAUAUCACUGAGGAGUAUUGGACCCUAUGCACUCUUUUAUCUUGCUGCAGCUGUCUCUGACUUUUACGUUCCAUGGGAGAGCAUGGCAAAGCACAAGAUUCAGUCAGGAUCAGGGCCUUUAGACAUGCGACUUGUUCAGGUGCCAAAGAUGCUGUCAGGGCUGAGGAGUGAGUGGGCUCCAACGGCGUACUGUAUAUCAUUCAAGCUAGAGACUGAUGUAAAAAUCCUCUUGGAGAAGGCAAAGGCGGCUCUAAGGAAGUACAAGAUGCAUAUGGUCAUUGCAAAUGAACUUUUGACCCGGAAAGAGGAGGUGACUCUUGUUACUGAAAAUGAGAAGAUUCGUGUUCAGCGUGACCCGGAACUGGUUGGUGACGAAGUGGAGAAGCAUAUCGUCAAACAUAUCGUCGAGAAGCAUUCUGCUUACGUGGACAAUUUCAACCACGGAGUCUCAAGGGCCAGUGGCUCAUAGGAGUCAUCGGGUACAAAAUUGAAAAUCCGUUAUCUUCUGGUUAUACUUUCCUUGCCUGGUUUACAUGGUUCUGCUCUUCUUCCCGUGGAAGAGCAAAUCUUCCUCCUUAGUCCUUUUAAGUUUAUUGAACGUAAAUUAUAGCGUGAAGCUUUACAUCGAUGCAAAACGUUCUAAUUUUUGCAGAUAUUAUUUUGUCCUCAGUUUCUCAUGUAAAGCUUGUUAUUUUGACCGAUCUGUGAAAGUUAAAGCGACUUUAAGAGACAUGGAAUACAUGGUUGCGUUAAUUAAAUCAUGUGCCUUGUGUCCUGUUACUUUUUGUUUUAGUAAAAUUAGCUGGUUGGAUA